AUGGCCAUAACGAAAACAAUACCACAAUUAUCAAAGAGUCAACCAAAAUUAUUUUCAUCAACACUUCAAUCUUCAAAACCCGUAUCACCAAAAAUAAAUGUAAACGCCACAUUAUCAUCACCAACUACGAGCUCAUCAAUACCAAGACCACUAACAAAAUCAACAACCACUACAUCACCUUUAACAACAACAACAGCCACUACAGGUAAUCUUUUCAGUUCAAUUCAACCAAUGGCACAAUCAAUCAUCCACACCUAUACGUGA